CAGAACUGGUGUAGCAUGGGUAGUAGCAGUGUCCAGGGUGGAAAUGAUGAGGGAAUGGGUUUGUUUGCGAGGGAGAACUCCGCUCCCAGCUUAGCCUUUACUAUCUAUCCAUCAUUGCUCUCACUUUUCUUCUUUUUCACAACCACCACGCUGCACUGUCCCUUUCUUUCAUCGCAAAAAAUGAGGACUCUCAGUGUUUGCUGAAACCUCCAUCACCCCCAGUGUUGCUUGUUGGCCUGCUCUCUUCAAUCGGAGUCUUGACUGCACUUCGGAACUCCCCAUUGAAACUGCUUUAGAUCGUUCUACGUCUCUCUCUUCCUUUUGCUGCCUUCAGAGUAUCCAAAAGAUGGAGAAUCUAAGCUCAAACUCUCGAUCUAUCAGGGUAGCUUUUGAAGGCUGUGGACAUGGCUGCCUCAAUGACAUCUACGCCUCAGUUGAGAGAGCUGCCACUCUCAAAGGGUGGGACAGUGUUGAUCUAGUCAUCAUCGGUGGUGACUUCCAGGCUGUACGGAAUUCUUACGACCUGGCAUGCAUGGCUGUACCCCAAAAGUUCAAGGCGAUGGGAGAUUUUCAUGAAUAUUACAGCGGACAACGUACUGCUCCAUACCUCACUAUCUUCGUUGGUGGAAACCAUGAAGCUAGUAAUUACAUGUUUGAGCUUUACUACGGUGGUUGGGUCGCCCCCAAUAUAUACUACCUAGGUGCCGCCAAUGUCAUUCGUUGUGGACCACUUCGAAUUGCCGGUAUGUCAGGGAUUUGGAAGGGUUACGACUUUCGUAACUCCCACUUCGAAAGGCUGCCGUACAAUAACGACGACGUGCAUGGUAUUUACCACGUUAGAGAGUUGGAUGUGCGAAAGUUGCUCCAAAUCCAAACGCAGGUCGAUCUUGGAAUAUCUCACGACUGGCCCAAGGGUGUUGAGUUGUCUGGGGACUAUGAGACCCUCUUUCGGCAGAAGAGAGGAUUCCGCGAAGAUUCUAGUUUAGGUAAAUUGGGAAGCCCAGCAGCCAAAUAUGUCCUCGACCGAUUGCGCCCCGCUUAUUGGUUUUCUGCGCAUCUCCACGUUAAAUUUGCAGCCUACAUUCAGCACGGUGACUAUAUUCCUGCAAGAGGUCCUAAAGCAAGGACAGAGCCUGCUCCUGGAAGAGGCUCUCCGCAAACCCCGCAACUUCCUAAAGUGCCGUACGUAUUUGGGCUGGACGGCACUAUUCUCACGACAAUCCUUGCUGAAAAUAACGAGGAAAAUAAUACACCAGCCUCCGUUGAUGCAGCACACGAUAAUAGAAACGUUGGAACUGUACCUAUAAAUCGUGCAGAAAAUGUGCCCUCAGAAGCGACUGUUCCUGAAACAUCAACUGAUGCACCGUCUCAAAGUGCCACUCUUAAUACUCCAGAGCUUCCAUCUAACACCGUUGAUACCAGCCUCAAUGACACGGAGAACCGACUGUCGGCCUGGAAUAACUUCCACCAAGUGGCUGCCAAGAAUGAAGCCGUUGAGAAUUCUCGCUACCUCGAAGAGCAGGACAGGCUUCGUGCUGAAGGUUUCCCUGAAAUUAAGCACAAUUUAACUUGGCGCAAAGUCGAUAUCGAUGAAGAUGGCGCUGACAGGAGAGUGAUUGGCAUUGAGAAGCCUGGGCUUCCAGAAGGACGCGAAAAUAAAAAACAGAAAAUCCAGCACGAAACAACGAGCGUCAAGAAUUCCGAUGAAAUCUCCUUAGACUUGGAUAGCGAUUCCGAAGAGGCUGUUGAUACGAUGACCAGUGGAAAUGCAAGUGCAACUAGCGCUAAAGCGAAUCCCAGCAACACUGAAUCCACUCUGGAUGAUUCUGUUAAGGAUCCAUCCAAACGAGAGGACAGCGUCUCUGAAGAUAUACGGAGCCAACUCCCCGCCAGUUUCACACGUCCUGAACCGGCCCAGUCGGCUGUGAAUGGGCCAUUGCCGGAGGCGAUUUCUAACGUGGUUACGCAGUUUCUUGCUCUAGACAAGUGUGAGCCGCAUCGUGAUUUCCUCCAACUCGCCGAACUUUACCCUGUUUCUGAACAAGACAAUGUUCAGACCGAAAGACCAUAUCACCUGCAAUAUGACAAGGAGUGGCUUGCCAUAACCCGGGUUUUCGCAAAUGAUCUUCAGCUUGGAGAUUCAAGGGCGAAACCGCCGGCAGACAAAGGAGACAUCUUCUAUAAAUCUCUGAUAGCGCAGGAGGAGAAGUGGAUUGAAGAACAUGUGGUGAAGCCAGGAAAGCUGACCAUUCCCGAAAACUUCGCAACCACCGCUCCAUUCUAUGAUCCUUCCGUCCCUGUAACGACCACGGAGAUGCCACCAGAAUACAAUAACCCCCAAACAGCCCAAUUCUGCGAAUUAAUCGGUAUAGAAAACAAAUUCCACCUGAGUGACGAAGAACGUCAAGCCCGUAUGCAAGCCGGACCCCGUCCUCGGCGCCCGGACAGUUUCAGAGGCCCACCUCGAGGUGGCCGUGGUCGACGUGGCGGAGGACGCGGACGCGGCGGUUAUCGCUAUUGAAUAGCCAGUUUUCAGUUUGGAGAUUGACUUGUUCCAAUUAUUAUGUUAACGGUUUCGGGUCCAUCUUGUGAUUUAUUCACCUCCCAACGGAUUCACUAUUCUAGUCUUCUUUUGUCAUAUUGCUGCUUUUCAUAUGUUUUUUUUAUCACUAAAAAUUUGCGCAUGUACUGCUCUCUCUUAUCCUCUGAUUAUGAUAUGUUGUGUACACGAGUUUGAGAAACAUGGUAUUUGAAGUGUCAUCUUUGAUAAUAAUAACUCAUUCGGUGCCUAUUGAUAUACUCAUACGGAAUGCUUUCGGGAAUCUUUGAGGUUACAAGAUGCGGGGCUGAGGAUGCCUCGGGCGCUUCCAUAGGAGAUAGACAUUCAUGUUGCAAUCUGAAUCAAUUGCAUUUCAUUGUUUCCCUUAUUUAUGCCUUCAUUUAUGGCUUAAUGGUCUGUCUGGCACGAUGAGAUGAGAUCCGUUGUUGUUAGGUUCUCUAGAUACGUUAUUCAAGAGCACAGUAGUAGAAAAUAAAAUAAAAUAAAAUAAAACGAGACC